AUGGCCCAAAAAUCUCUUGAACGUUCCGAGCCCAACUACUUUGGCGCCGGUCCAGCUGUGCUCCCCACAGAUGUUCUCCAGCAAGCAGCCUACGAUCUUCUCAGCUACGAAGGCGAUUCCGUUGGAAUUGGUGAAAUAUCCCACCGCUCCAAACCUGCUAUUAAAGUGAUCGAUGAUACAAAAGCCAACUUGACCCAAUUGUUGAACAUUCCUGACACCCACGAAGUAUUCUUCAUGCAAGGCGGAGGAACCACUGGGUUCUCGUCUAUUGUCUACAACUUGAUAGCUAGCAAUGUUAAGAAAACAGGAAAACCGGGAAGAGCUGCUUACGCCGUUACUGGUUCAUGGUCCAAGAAGUCGGCCGAAGAGGCUGUCAGAUUGGGCUUUGACGUUGAUAUUGUAGUCAAUACAAAGGACAAGAAGUUCGGCGACAUUCCUCCUUACAACGAAUGGAAGCCUCUAGCUGCCGACACCGCCUACUUGUAUGUCUGUGACAACGAGACAGUUAACGGUACUGAAUUUAAAAGCACCCCCCCAGCAGAUUACUUGCAUGAAGGUGUGGAGUUGGUAGCAGACAUGUCUUCUAACAUCUUGUCAAAGAAAGUCGAUGUUAGCAAAUAUGGGCUCAUCAUGGCUGGUGCUCAGAAAAACAUUGGUUUGGCUGGCUUGACCAUCUACAUCAUCAAGAAGUCGCUUUUGGAACAAGCUAACGAUGAAGAAUUGAAGGCUGCAAACGUUCCUUUGGUUCCUAUAGCUUUCCACUACCCUACUGUGGUCAAGAACAACUCAGCCUACAAUACCAUUCCAAUCUUCACGUGUCACAUCUUACAAUUGGUAACAAAGAGAUUAAUCGACAACGGUGGAAUCGACGCUAUUCAGAAGCUCAACGAGAAGAAGGCUGAAAUCUUGUACGGUGCAUUAACUAGUUAUCCAGGCUUUUACACUUUGCCAGUACACAACCCAGCCGUUCGUUCUAAUAUGAAUGUAGUCUUUACACUUCCAAACGAGGAAUUGGAGGCUAAGUUCGUCAAAGAAGCAGCUUCCAAGGGGUUGUCAGCUUUGAAGGGCCACAGAUCCGUCGGUGGUAUGAGAGCUUCCAUUUACAACGCUGUUAGCUUGCAUAGUGUAGAGUUGUUGGUCGAUUUCGUCAACGAAUUUGCCAAACAAAACGCCUCUUAA